CAUUUGCUGAGCAGGUCAAGAAAACUUUUCUCUGUUGAACGUAUAGAAGCACCAGAGUAUCACCCUACGCAAGCUUGGUAGCCUGGACCAUGACAGUUUGAUUACAAUUUGCCAAAUCUAAAACUAGUGUGUUGAUAGAAAAAUAACCAGCACUGAAUUGAUGGAAGGAAUAGAACUGCACAUGAUUCAAAAAGCCAGCAAAUUUGUGGAACAUUAGAUAUCAGAUUUGUCUAUGGGUCACCAACUAAAAUCAGAAAUAAAACCAUUUAUUUGCAAAACAAAAAUAAUAAAUGAACUAAAAUUAUCGUUAAGUUUUUGUAUAACUCACAUAAGCCCAUUUGAUCCCCUCUCCCAACCUCUUCUUCUUUCCCUGGUAUCAGUUCAACCCACCAUUUUCAAAGUUGUUAUGCUACCUAGAGGUCUACUUGUAGUUUGUAUGAUGAAUGUACCCGUAAAUCUAAUCUAUUGCCCUCCCCUGGGCAUGCAUUUAAAAGCACAUGUCCAUAGGAUCCGGCAGCUUCAACUGCAACAUUUACUCACUUGAGCAAGCUAAAGUGCGUUAGGGAUGUGGGGUGUCACUUUAACCCCUUAAGGAAAGGCAGCACCAGGGACCUUCUCGCAACAUAACUUCAUUGCAAUUGAUUUAUUAUGGUGUUGGGCAUGGUCCUUUUAUCUAUCGAUAAAAUACAUGUCCUGGCCUCUCUGAGGUUAAUGGAGGUUACAUUCCUGGUCUGCUACUGCAUUUGCCAUUAUUCAUUUAUUCCCACUUUUGAAAUGGAGGAGAUGGGGAGAGCUAGUUAGUGCAAUUUUCUCUCUCCCCCAUUGUGUCCCCAGUCUAUCGAAAUCUCUCUGCAGCAAAUUAAUAUCUUGCUCACAUUGUAUUACUUUACAGAGUUUUGUGUAAUCUGCAAACACUGAAACAUGACUUUCAAUGCUUUUUUAAAAGAUCAUUUAUUAACAUGUUAAAUAGAAGAGGUCCCAGAACAGAACCCUUAUGGACACCACUUGCCACCUUUGUCCAGCUUGACAAUUUACCAUUAAUGACUACUCUAUGUAAUUUAUUUAUUUUUAAGCCAAUGUUCUACCCAAGAACAAGCAUUUAUAUCUAGACCGAUUUUCCUUGAGUUUGAACACUGAUCUAUUGUGUGGAACUGUAUUAAAUGUCUUGGCAAAAUCCAAAUAGAUCACAUCCACUGCAACACCCUGUUCUAUACUUAUACUUACUACUUUGUAGAAUGCAAUCAAGUUAGUUUGACAUUACCUGUGCUUCAUAAAACCAUACAAAUUUUUGCUGAUAACCAUGUUCUUCUCAAGGAAUUCUUGAAUAUUAUCCCUCCAAGUAAAUCACAAUCAAAAUGAUAACUCUGUUUAGGGCUACAGCUAUUGAGCACCAAUCUCUGGUACAUGUCGUGGAGAAAGGGGGUAUUAUAGGAAAAUGUGUCUUGGGGUUUUGGCAACAUUCUUUGAUGUAUUUGUAAUUCCUAGGCAGGUAUCACUUUUAUUGUAAAUUGAUUAAAAUUAAAGCUGCCAGUCUGUACUUUAUCCUCAUAGUUAUAAUGUAUUUUUAUAUGCUUUUUUGCGGUCCAAAUAUUUAUGGCCCCACUGCACAUAGGUACGUAAGGAAACCGCCACAUAUUUACAGAGCAGCGUGGUGAUUUUUUUCAGGUAGUUGAACUCUGUGUGCGCUUGGUUUCCUGUUCCUGUAAACUCAGGUUACUCAUAACCAGGAAAUGAAGAUGAUAAAGGGAUAAGCAUUGUAAAUGUAUACAGGCAUACCAUGUGCUAGUCUGUCUGUAAAAACGCUAUGACUAAUGCUUAUAGAAAUUAGGGAGCAUAUAGACCUUCUCUAUGAAAUUUGGAACAAAGACUUACUGGCUCAUGAGGUCAGACAGGUCUAGUAGAAGAUAAUGUAGCAUUUUGGUUUCUGGCUAUGAAAUGUUUGCAGGUUUUUUUUUUUUUUCUUCUUUUUCCAAUAUUAUGCAAUAUUUACAGUUGGAUUUAAAGUUGUUUCAAUACUCGAUAUUUAUUGUAAUAGGGUGGAGUGUUAGAAUCACAAGUGGAGCACUCACCACUAAUGAGAUCUGGCUUUUUUUAAUAUCAGGAAGCAAGGAUGUCUGGAUUAUUGUUCUAUUUUAAGCUAAAGUGAGAAUUGCCAAGAAUUCAAAGUGAAUUUCCAAAUCGAGGCAAAAACAGCCAGUUUGGAAAAUGUCUUCUGCAAGUCAAUUUUGUGUUCACUUUGGCUAUCUUGCUCUUGAAUCUGAAAUUAAUUUAGAAUUUCCUGCAAUUCUCACUUUAGUGGAUAAUCUUGUUCUGCUGUCCUAAUAGUAAUUUAAAGCAAACCUUCUAAUAGGUGUCAACUCUAUCUGUACAUUGUGUCGGUACUUACCUGAAGUUCUUCCAUCUCCUGCAAUGAGUUCAAUACCUUGCCCCACUCCCACGUGAUCUUUCUAGUUCCUAGCUGGUAUGUGGUGAUUAGAGGGCAAAAAAUAAUUUUUGUUUCUACGCUAUUUAGGGCAGGGCUGCUGCUGUUAUUUCCUCCCACCCCCUCAUGGACCCCGUAGAUAUAGUCUGAGUGCAGUAAAAAGGAACAAGGAAAGGGAUUGUUUUAGCCUCCACUUUUCCAUUUGGGAAAUUUGAGAGUUUAGUGAAUAAUCCCAUCGUGUUCUAUUAUAAAAGGUGGAUCAAGUUGUCCUUUUAUUGUCAUGCUGUUUGCCAUUGGCAGUUUUACACCACUUCCGUAUACAGUGGGACCUCGGUUUACAAACGCCUCAGUAAACAUCAAUUUUUGGUUUACAAUUGAAAAUCCAUUGAAAAUAAUGCCUCGGUUUAAAAAUUUGUUUUGCAAUACACAAUUGCACCUGGGAGGUUUAUAGCACUGCCCCCUGCAUGCUGGAGCCGGUGGGUAGCACGUGGCGUCGAGUGUGGAGGUGUUGGAGCGGCUUUUGCGUCGAGUUUUGGAGCCAUUCUGGAAAUUGUUUGCAGUAGUUUUGGGACUUUUUGGUGCAUUUCUCAAGCUGUGGAAAGGUAGGAAGCUGAGCUUUGUCGUUUGCAUGCCUUUUAUGGUGUGUUCUGCAUUGUGGGUUGGUUUCCAUGCCAGCUCAUUUUGACUUAUUUCUGACCUCCAGAACGGAUUAAUUGGUUUUCAAUGCAUUCCUAUGGGAAACCGAGUCUCGGUUUACAAAUGUUUCGCAAUAAGAAACGUCCCGGAGAACGCAUUAAAUUCGUAAACCGAGGUCCCACUGUAUAUGUAUCCUGUGGGUGAACUGGAUAUAAAUAUAUUCACUAAGUGGUUAAUCUACUUUUGGAAAUUCAGCUGACUUUGGUUUAAAAUUUUAACAAAAAGAAGAAAAUUGGAAAUCACACUCUACUAAUGUUAUACAAAGCUGCCAUGUUAUAAUCUAUAAUUCACUUUAAAUGCUGACAACUGAAUCAUAACCACAUUGAGCUGAGUGAAUCCCUCCUAUUUUCAAAUGGAUCUUACUGUUGCAGUGAAAUUCCUUUUUUAAAGUAGUUGUUGGCGCUGUACUCUUGCGAGAGUAGAACACUAGUGUCGAAGGAUGAUCCCACAAGACCGCUGUUUGAUCCAUAGACACGUUUUUCACUCAGCCGUCACAAAUGUUGGCUGAAUGCUUGACGUAACAUAGUUCUUCUGCCUUUUGUCAUACACAGGAACAACACAUAAGACAAAUAGUACAUAUUUUGUCUUACGAUAUCUUUUGCCUGAGAUAAAAUUUUAGUGAACAGUGAAAUUCCAGCACAGUCUUUGCACAUUUCAUUAAAGACAAGGGUAUGACUGAGCGGCUUCAAGGAUUGUAUGCAUUUUCAUUAGGAUGACUUAGAAUUGGGGAGGCUUAGAGUUUUAUCAGGGGAAUUGGUGUUUGCGAAUAGCCAAAUUGUAUGGUGUCAAUUCAAUUGAUUUCAGUAGACAUGUUUUUUUGUUUUUUUUUGAUUACAGGGCUCAAUGUCCACUUGCCACGAGCCAUUGAUAAGUGAAAAGUUAUCCUUAGCGAGUAGAAUUUCAUUACCGGUCAGGAUGCUAUGGCUUGCAGUGGUUCAUAACUUAGAGGCUUGGCUACUGUCAUAGGAAUUCAGAUUUUAAGCAAUGUAUUUGUAAACUUACAUCUAGCCUGUUCCCUCUAUGGGUUAGUCUGCUUUUCUUAAAAACGUUGUUAAUACCAUGUGCACAUAUUGUGCACUUCCUGCAAUGAUAGUUUUACUCUAUGCACAAAACCUUUCUUUUCUUUGUUCCAGACAAUUAUCAGUAAAUUGUACUGCUCACUGGGGUAAUUGUGCAACCUUGUAUAACUUUACUAUUGUCGUUUUUUUUUUUUUUUUUUUUUUUUUUUUUUUUUUUUUUUUUUUUUUUUUUUUUUCCUUUCAGUUUCGUUUUCCUUUUGCCCCUUGAUGAUUGUACUUCACCUUGCCACUUGACUUUAUUUCUGUUUAGUAUCUUUUCUUCCUUUGUCCAGAUCUUGGUAUCCGAGCACUGCCAUUUUGUUCUUCUCUGUCUGUGGGAAUCCCUUCUGUGGGAUUAUUUUUGACUGUGGUUACUCAAAAGUAACAGUGCAUUGGGUUCUUCCCAUUACGACUAUUUGCUAUUCAUUAUCUUCUAUAAAAGUGGUCCCUUAUGUUGCCUUACAUAAAAAUAAUCACUUGGGUGGCUGCCCUGUCGCUUGUGCAUUGUGCGUUUCCAGGCUGUGCCUACAGGUGGGACCAGUCUUGAAUUGAGGUUUCAUAGAUUCUUUGUAUUGGCACGAAUCUGCUAAACUUUGAAACCAAGUAGAGAUCGUCCACUGCUAGUCAGUGCUGUGCGGAUGGCAGUCUGCUUCAUGUUUUGCACAUAAUCUGUACAGUGUAAUAAUGUAUCUGUAUAGAUUAGAAGUGAUUUGUAAGACAGUGAAUUUGAGGGGCUUCUUGGUGUGCGCCUCACUUGUGGAGUUUAAUGACUGCUUGUUGCCUGUCGUAUCCGUUGAUGAUGCCAGCUAUUUAUUGUCGUUUUUGUUUAGAGCUUGUUUUUAUAAGAAGUACAAGAUAUCGGGGUCAGUCAUUAUUCACAUCCUCUGCAGCUCUCCUUCGAGUUCCAAUGCUAUCACAAAAUAGAGACCUACCCAUCUCUUUGAGAUUAAAGAGAUUACGUGCCUGUUCACUUGCCAUCAUACCUUGAUUGCCCGUGGACUACAGUGACAGUUGAUGUGAAGUAAUGUAAUUUGCAAUCUGUAAUAUUUAAACCGUUGCCUUGAAAACACUGUGGAAUAUGAAGAAAUGGAAAUGUUCUACAUGUGGUGUUUUUUCCUGGACGAAGUUGUUUUUUAUUUUUCCCUGCAUUCCUUUGAGUUGUACAAUGAUCCGCACUUUGUUCAAAGAUGUUUUGCAGCUAGAUGAAAAUGCCUCUGUAGAGUCAUUCUGAGGUGACUUGUGUUUUACUUUUGCAAAAUGUAGUAAAUCUGCAGCAGGGGGAAAUUCGUCCAUUUUGUUCAGAGUACAGUAUAUACUCGAGUAUAAGUCUAGUUUUUCAGCACAUUUUUUGAGCUUAAAAACCCCCACUCGACUUAUACUCGAGUCACUGUCUGUAUUAUGGCAACUUAGAGAGCCGCAGCCGUCAGAGCCAUGGCAACGAUCCGCGCGGCAACCAGACCGCGAGACUUACAGUGGAGCUGACCGGAACGGAGGAGAAGGGAGCUGACAGGAGCUGCAGGAAAGGUAAGUAAAUGCUUCCUGCCGGCCCCCCCACUUCACAGCCCAUGCCACUGGUCCACCAGGGAUUAAGAUAGCCCCCCUCCCUGACCAGUUAACAAGCAGGGAGGGGGGACAAUUUUUUUUUUAAAUAAUAAAAAAAUAAUAAUAUUAAAAUAAAAAAUAAAAAAAAUUAAUAAAAAUGCCCUCCCCCCACCUAGUUCACACACACACACUACACAAACACACACUCUGCAUUAUAUACACAGAGUGUGUGUAUAUAAUGCAGAGUGUGUGUGUGUGUGUGUGUGUGUAUAUAAUGCAGAGUGUGUGUUUGUAUGAGUGUGUGUGUGUGUGUGUAUAUAAUGCAGAUUGUUUGUAUGAGUGUGUGUAUAUAUAAUGCAGAGUGUUUGUUUGUAUGAGUGUGUGUGUGUAUAUAAUUAUAAAAAUCACAGAAUUUCAUAGCCCCAAGUUUUACCCUCGACUUAUCCAAGAGGCACAGCAUAUUUCACAAUUGUUGGUCACAAAACUGCACUCGACUUAUACAUGAGAUCGACUUAUACACGAGUAUAUACGGUAUCUAUGUAUGCCGUAUUAGUCCAGUGAUGUAGAUGUAAAAAAAACCAGAUAAAAUACAUAUCUUGUAAAACCUUUUUUAUUGGAUUAACAUCCCUUUUUUUUUUUUGACAAGCUGUGUGUGUGUAUCCUGUUAUUUAUGAACCGUUGGUCAGACACUUCAGCAAGCCAGCCGCACAUUGACAAGCCUCUUCAAGUUAAAAAUUUGCUUUAUUAUCUUGGGAUUGGUUCAUUUAGAUUCCAGCCUACACUUUACCCCUAAAGCUGUUUAAAUAGCAUGCAUUUGUGAAGGGCUCAUUUAUAUUCCACAAGCAAAGCCAAAGUUGUUUUACUGUUUUAUUUUUUUUUUAACACUAGGAUAACCGCUUUCAGAUAGACAUUUACUUGAUAUCUUCCUCUAGGCUAGGAAUGGCUAUAGGCCUACUAUUGCUUUUGAUGUGCCAUCACAUUGAGUAAAUCGAAAUGUUUUUGACUGCAGCUAAGAAAAGCACAACUCUGAACAGGCACGGUAUAAUUUGAGUCCUGUUAAAAUUCUGGAAACGUUUUACAUAAUACAAAAUGGGAUCAGCACACAUUUGCAUUGAUUAUAAAUCAAUGAAGGCCAAAUAAAAAAACAAAAGCAAAACACUUCUCAGGUGAAAUCGUAUAGGGGUUCUAGUACACAACAUGGCCAUGAGGCCAACCUUGGUGGUGGACCAAUAAUCUAUUUUUGCCUGACUAAUGUAACUCUUGUUCUGAGCAAUCAUGUUUCCUAAUACAAAAUAUUUAUUACCCGAACCUUUCAAAAAGCAGUAAAUGUAGUGCAGUUUUUACUAAAUAAUGAGCUGUUGAAGUAAAUACAAUUCCACCUUUUAUUUUAUUUUUUUUAUUAAUUUAUUUUUUUAUUUUUUUGGGAGUCCAAUUACAGGUGUCACAUAUUUAAUUUUAUUUGUUCCUUUUCCACCAGGAAUAACAGAUGAACAGAUCCUACAGACCGGAAAUAGGCUUCUUGAAGGGUGAGUGUGUUCAUCUCCUGGAACCUGCCUAGGGGUAUUUAAAUUUUUUUUUUAUUUUUUUUUUAUUUUUGCCAUACUAAUUUAAAUAAUUCUGCUAACUUCAUCAGUUUAAAAAAAAAAAAAAAAAGUGUAUGAUAGUACACCAGUCCAAUAGUCCCACACAUGUGAAGCACCAAUCUCUUUUUUUUGUGUUGUGCAUUUUGUUUUAAAGGUAAAUACUUUUGGCAUGGCACAUACCGUGUUUUAAGCCCAAGCUUAUUUUCGGGGGAUGCUCCUUGUGAUGAUACAGACUAUCGUUAAAUGGUGCAGCUAUUCUCCCUCCACCCCUGUUUGUGUGUUUCCCAUGCGUAACAAGUUUUGGACUGUUCUAGCAAAUCUGAUUUGUUGCUGCAAUAACUGAAGGAUGUCAAUUCUCUUGUUACUUUUUAAAAAAAAAAAAUUUUAAUUUUUCAAUAUACAUUAGUCUUUAAAACUUAAUCCUAACUUUAUUCUUACACUCAUAUGGUUUAUAUAUUCUGCAUUUCUAAUUCCUAAUAAAGCCCUUUCAGCAGACUGUAAUGUAAUCCUCUGGGCAUUGCAGGUUCAUUGCUGACAGGGUGCAGCGGGCUCCUAACAGACCUCCUGUUAAUGUGCCAGAGCUGGGCAUGGCACAGCUGAUGGAUCCUGCAACCAAGGAGCUGAGUGAGUGCCUGCGAAAGAUAGGGGACGAGCUGGAUGGAAACAUGGAACUGCAGAGGUAAGCAUGCACCUUCCAUUCUGUUCUUCUGUCCGUUAACUUCAUCUAGAAAUAUGUCUACAAUUAUUUAUCAGUGUUAGAGUUCUACAUGCAGUGUCAUUCUUUUAGGGACAUCUGGGUACUACUCAAUUCUACUCCUAUCAGCUGCACACUGAACAUAGCUUCUCAGUUCAUGUAUCCUGCUAGUUUGGGGCUUUUUAUGUAGAACUGAUAAAAUCACUUUCCUCCUUUGUGCCACUAUUAAUAGGGCACUUCAGACAGCAAAACAAUGUGUUGAAAAUAAAGUCCUUUUCUCUCAAAUUACUACUGUAGUAUUUAUGAUGUGUAAUAACUUUGGCAUGCUCUCUGUGUAAAGCACUGCUUAUGAUAUAAGCACAGAAGGUCUAUGGAGCUUUAAAGGACCACUAUAGUGCCAGGAAAACAUACUUGUUUUCCUGGCACUAUAGUUCCCUGAGGGUGCCCCCACCCUCAGGGACCCCCUCCCGCCCGGCCCUGGAAAGGGGUUAAAACUUACCUUUUUCCAGCGCUGGGCGGGGAUCUCUCUGCCUCCUCUCCUCCUCCGAUCCUCCUCCUGGGCUGAAUGCGCACGCGUGGCAAGAGCUGCAUGCGCAUUCAGCCCGUCGCAUAGGAAAGCAUUUACAAUGCUUUCCUAUGGACGCUUGCGUGCUCUCACUGUGAAAAUCACAGUGAGAAGCACGCAAGCGCUUCUAGUGGCUGUCAAUGAGACAGCCACUAGAGGAUUAGGGGGAAGGCUUAACCCAUUAAUAAACAUAGCAGUUUUUCUGAAACUGCUGUUUAUAAAAAAAAAAAAAAAUGGGUUAACCCUAGAAGGACCUGGCACCCAGACCACUUCAUUAAGCUGAAGUGGUCUGGGUGCCUAGAGUGGUCCUAUAAGAGCAUUGAUUGGCUGAGUCACCUCUUUGUUUAGAGAGAUCUCCUUGCUAAAGCUGUAAAAUAUAGGAAAUUGGUUCAAUGUGAGAAUCAUUACAUUUUAGGGAGGUCAACUAAUGCUGGCCGAAGUAAUGUUUCACAGAAGAGACUAGAAUGCAGAUUUUUGUGAUACAUGUUUUGAGUUGGUUACUCCAACUUAAUGAACGUUGUGAUGGCUUUCUUGUGCUUGUAUAUUUACUUCUUUUAUUUUAAACUACAGUAGUAAGGUUUACUAAUUGGACACUAGACGGUUCUCACUCAGCAGCAACCCGUUUGUCUAUUUGAAGAUUUUCCAAAACUUAUAGGCAAAUUGUACUAUAUCACUUAUUUCUUAAACACACAACAUUUCCCAUGGCAGGAAAUAUAUUAUCAUAUUGUCAUAGUGAUAGCUGAUAAUAUCAUUGGUUUUGUGAGCUGUUUUAUUACUACUCACCUGUUGCAUUUCACUCCUGCUCUGCCUUUUUUUUUUUUUUUUUCAGAAGAAAAGUUUUAUACCGAUAUUACAGAUAUUUAACUACACUUCUCAUAAUGCUUAGUUAGUCUGAAGGUGAAUCCUGCACCUUUUGAAAUAGUGACGGGCAACACACCUAAAUUAUUCUAGCUUGCUGAAGUGCUUUUAGGGUGAUAAAAAAAGGUUUUCAUUAAAAUGCUAUCAAGAGAAAUCCACAAUUUAAUACAAUUAUUUGGUAACACCCACUGGCUGUCAAGCUUCCUCGCGAUCUCCUUUUGAGCAGUUGUUCAAGCUAAAGUGAGCCUGGAUGCUAUAGUAAUUGUAUGUGUUUUUUGUUUUGUUUUUGCCACUUGGGUGUGCAAGUGCACACAGUCGCAUCUGACUGUUUGCCAGUCUGACAGGCUUAGUGCACUGGACAUAACUCGCUGAGCUUGAAGAUCAUGGGCUCCUAUUGAUUGAGCAACAUUCUAUGUUUUUCUGUUUUAUUUUGGUGUCUGCAAGGCUCAUCGAUGAGGAGCUUGUGAUUGGACACUGUCCAGCACUGACUGAGACAUUUGGUUCUGGGCAGAAUGUGGAUGGGUGGUAGUAGCUGAAGACCGGAGAUUUGCAGCUACUGUUGACUAGGUUUUCAUUAAACCAAAAGAAAAUAUGCAAGAAUAAUAGCAGGUUUUUGUUUAGGGUGUAUUCACUAAAUGGAUAUAUGUGUGUGUGUGUGUGUAUAUGUGUAUGUGUGUGUAUAUGUAUAUAUAUAUGUGUGUGUGUAUAUAUAUAUACUCUCUCAUAAUCUUCUCUUUUGCCCAAUUAUGUCUUUCAGAAUGAUUGAACAGGUGCAAAGCAAUUCUCCCAAGGAAGUGUUUUUCAAAGUGGCUAUGGAAAUGUUUGCUGAUGGGAAUUUUAACUGGGGAAGAGUUGUUGCACUCUUCUAUUUUGCCUCCAAACUUGUUCUCAAGGUGAGUGACCUUUUCUAAUUUUUUUUUUUUUUUUUUUUUUUUAAACACCCACUCUGCUUUCUCACCAUUUUCUGGGCAUUGUAGACACUGUUUCUAAAUGUGCUUACUCUAAACAUUAAUGGAAAGAAAUCUAAGAGUAGGAGAAUAACUUUAAUUCAGCUGAACACAACAUCUGGAGUUUUGAGGGCUGAGGGGUUCUUGACCAUUAAAACGUAUUUUAUUAUUUUUAAUUUUAUUCCUUUUUUUUUUUUUAUUGAAAUAAGGCAUAUAGAAUAGAUACAGUGGGACUUGCAAGUCCCCAUUUGAGGGGUAAGACAUGCUGAUCUCAGAGCAUUCAAAGGUAGGGUGGGGUCCAAAGGGGGUGGGGUAGGGUAGUGGCUGGUAUGAAGGUCAGAAGAGAGGGGGGUGGGGUUUAAAUUGAAAAUAUCCCAACCCCACUCUGUCGGGAAAUAUGUCUGGAGUGCGAUAAGUAUAGACUGAGCUCAGUGCCACGGUGUGGCUGCGGAAUUCUUCAAGCUCUUCUUUUUCUGCUCCAUCGCGUGCCCUCCUGUAGAGCCGGGGGAGCCAGUAUAUGGUUUCCGUCCAUCUCUGGCAUUACUAAACGGCGUGGGGGCAGAGCAAGAAGAGCUUGAAAUUUAUAGCUCCCUCGCCGCACGAUUCCAUUCCCUCUCAAUUCGCCACUUUGGUGGUGCAGGAGGCUAAUUCCACAGCUGCUGAAUGGGCUGACAAGCACCCAUUUGUUGAGCCCUUGUUUAAUAGUUGGACAAAGUACUGCUUGAUCUGUAUUUUAAUAACCCCUUCAUAUGGUUUACUAAUUUUUUUUUUUUGUUUCUUUUUUGUUAAAUCUAAUCUUAUCAUUUCUGUAGGCACUGUUUACACAUGUUCCAAAUAUGAUUAAAACCAUCAUCAACUGGACAAUGGAAUACCUCAGAGAGCAUGUUGUCCAGUGGAUACGGGAUCAAGGAGGUUGGGUGAGUUGGUUACUUGCCUUUGUUCCAGUAUGGCUGUUAUGCUAAGGUGGCAACCAAUUUCAUUGUUUCAUCUUAAAUAAUUAAGUUGGGAGACUUUCCUCUAAUCUGUUUUGUUCACUCUUUUGUCCUACUUAUUAAAAUUAAUUUUUUGUAGGCUCACAUGCAGCUAAUUUCUUAAUGAAUAAACCCCCAGCUAUCCGUGCAGUCCACAGAGCCACUGCCAUGCACGCUGUUUUGGGAUAUGUAUUUCUCUCCUAGGUUUUCCAUGUGAGUUUGCAGUAUUAACACUGGCCCGUUCCGUGCUUCUUAUUCAGUAAAUAAAAAUUAGAAGAACUUGUGCAUAGAAACAGAAAGACCCCUUCUGCGUUCAUUUACAUUUUUAAAUACUUCCUUUAAAGAAUUUUGAGUGGGUGGGCGUAUAACUCCAGCGAUGGUUGUCUCUGGGUUUUUUCUCUCUCCUGUAAACUGCAUACUUAUAACAGAGUGAAGAGUCAAGAGGGACUUGCUCCUCAAGUAUGCAAGGAGUGCAGGUUGCUGGGCUGUUUGAUGUGACCCUCUUGUGAUGGGGAAAAAUGUAAUUAAAGAGCGAUAACAAUAAAUGGGCAUGUUCCAAAGCGGUUGCAUAUAUAGUUAAACUCCUCAACUUUUAUUUAAGUGAAACAUUUUUUCUGCAGCUUGAAUUGUUACUGUUUCUGUUUUAAAGUGCCUUAAUUUACAGGCAGUUAGGUUUAAAGCUUGUGUUAGAGAAUUUGGUUUGGUAUGAGUUUAACUAACUUGGUGAAUAAACUCUACAAACUCAAGGGGGUAGUUCACCAAUGCGUGUCCUCCUUUUUUUUAAUUUUUUUUGGUUGUUUUUUUUUUUUCCAAUUUUGAUUCUUUGUAAUUUUUAACCCCCUUUUUUUUUUUCACCCUCCCUCUCUUUAGGAAGGACUCAUUUCUUAUGUUAGCACUCCUACUUGGCAAACUAUCAGUGUCUUCCUCGCUGGUGCAAUAACUGCUGCCCUUACCAUCUGGAAAUUGCAUUAAGUCUUCUUUCAGUCAUACUUGGAGCUGGUCAUUUUAAGUAACUUUUUGAACCGGAAGCACAAAGAUUAUUGGAAUUCACUUGGGCACUCGAGCGAAUAUUGAAGACCUAGCGCUUCCAUCAGGGACUUUAUAACUUCUUGUGAGUCUGGACAUGGUGAUCACGUACCUACAGAUGUCAUCCAAUCUGUCAUUUUUUUGUGGGAGAUCACGUGUUUAUUCCUUUUUUAUUUGUAUUUUUCUCAAUCUUUGAUUAAAUACUUGAAUUAAUGUUCUUUGCCCCUUCCCCAAAGAAAGGAGAGAAAGAGAGAAAAAGGAAAAAAAUAAAAUAAUGUAUUUUAUAUGAACUUUGAAAAUGUGUGGACAUAUACCUAAAGAACGUGCAUUUUGACCUUGAAUAGAGUACAUCCAUUAGGGGGUAGUUGAUCUAGAAGUAACGAUUUGUGUCUCUGCUAUUAAGAUGUUAGAAGUAAAUUCACAUUGCAUAGAUUGUUGCACCUUAAGAGAACAGAAUGUUCCGUUAUUUUAUUAACCCCUUAAGGACCAAACUUCUGGAAUAAAAGGAAAUCAUGACAUGUCACACGUCAUGUGUCCUUAAGGGGUUAAAGGGGAAAGCAUAUUCUUCCCAUCUCAGGGUUAUCCUGUUAUUUUUAGUUUUAUUUUUUUAAUCUGUGUUUGACAAGAUGAACUUUCCAGCCUGUUUUUUAAUUUUUUAUUUUUUUUUCCUUCUCAAAUCUGAGAUCUAUUAUUGGCCAUUAUGGGCUCAUGUGACAAUGGCAAGUCUGAUUUAAAUCAUAGAAUUUGCAGUAGUUUAAUUUUAAGGUGCCAGUCUCUGAUUUUUAUCAGUUUGUUUUGGUUGAAAUCUUAACGGCUGCUUUCAUAGAAAGACUUCUGCAAAAAUGUAGCUUACAUGUCUCAUAAUGCCCAGGUAAUGCCAUUAUUUUAUAGCCCUCUGUCUUUUUUAUUAAAAAAAAAAAAGUAUUCUCUGGGCCACUGACUGUGAAUGAUAUAUCUUACACAUGUAGUAAUUGACAUCCUCAAAUAGACUUCUCACACAUUAUUACUCUUGAUUCAAACUGGGUAAAACAUAACUCACACCUGCAGCUCAUGAAAAACCUUAAUGCCUUUUAACUCCGUGCUUACUUUGUUUAUAGUUUUUGUCUGUUAGCAACAGAAAACCAAUUCACAUACAGUGUUUGGUAGGGUAAAAAAAGGUAAGAAUUCUAACAUUUUAAAGUGGAACUGUUAUAUUUGUAUAUUAACUUAUUUUUUUCCCUGAACAAUAUUGAGUUACUGUAUUUCUGAUCUAACUUCUUGACCACCAUUCUAGUUUAUGAAAGUCCUAGUAUCGUUGGAAAUGAGCUUACACUCAAAAUUCAGGUGAAUUGUGGGAUAUUUGCUUUCAGUUGCCUAUAUGCUCCCUUUUUCAGAAGCUGUUUGUGAUGUGAUAUUUGUGAUGCCACUAUAAGUGUACUUUAUGUGCUGGUUUCUAAAUCGCUCAUUCGCUGGAAUGUGACUUCCACCUUCUCUCCCCCCCCCCCAGGUAAACUUUUCCGAUCUGAGAAUUCGAAUCAUACUUGCAAAAAGACAACUGUGCAAUCCAAUUUCCUUUGAG